AUGGAUUACAGCAUCAUACUAGAUUUUGGAGACGAGCCAGUCAGGACCGUGGAUGAAAAACUGGACAUCCUCAGAUUUGAUUAUAGCUGGGCAGAGGCUGUUCAGGCGGCAGAGGAGGAAGAGGAGAGGAAAAACGAAGUUGAGGGCAUGGAUCAGAAGUUGAUUUUGGAAGAUGGAACUCAUAAGUUCAUGAUUCAAGAAAAACGGCAGAAGGAAAUAAUGGAGAAAGUCCAUAAGGAAUUGAUGGCUAGCAUUCCGCAAAGAGACCAGAAUUUAUGCAAAGAAGCCGUGGAAAAGAUCGAGAGACUGAAUGAAAUUAAGAUGCUGGCCUUCAUAGAAACACAGAAACGCGAAAAACGACAGAAAGAAAUGGAAAAAGUCCAUAAGGAAUUGAUGGCUAUAGCUAGCAUUGGGCGAAGAGACGAGAAUUUAUACAGAGAAGCUGUAGCAAAGAUUGAGAAACGUAAUGAAAUUAAAUUGCUGGCUUUCCUGGAAACACAGAUACAAGAAAAACGGCAGAAAGAAAUAAUGGAGAAAGUCCUUAAGGAAUUGCUGGCUAGCAUUGCGCAAAGAGACCAGAAUUUAUACAAAGAAGCUGUGGCAAAGAUCGAGAGACAUAAUGAAAUGAAGAUGAUGGUUUUCAUAGAAAAACAGAAAAUGGCGAGAAAGGGGACACUUUUGCACAAUAUCUUCGUGCAGUUGGUGAAAAAUGUAAUGAGACGCAGAAACCCGGUCGUGGCAAAGAUGAUGAUGAACGAUCUCCGUCAGCAGAAUGCCAAACUAGCUGCCGUUCACGAGGAACUGAGCAUGGUAUUUAAGAGAAUGGCCGAAGAAAAGAAAACGAAGGACGUAACUUGGAUGGAGAUGAUGAAAAAGACAAGAAAAGAGAUACUUUUGCACAAGAUCUUCGUGCAGUUGGUGAAAAAUACAAUGAGACGCAGAAACCCGGUCGUGGCAAAGAUGAUGAUGAACAAUCUUCGUCAACAUAAUACCAUCCUUGCUGCUGUUCACGAAGAACUGUUUAUAAGAGUAGAGGAAGAAGACAAAAUGAAGAAAAUAAGAGCCCUUAUUUUGACGGAGAUGAUGACAAGAGUAGAGAAAAAAGAAAAAAUGAAGAAAAUAAGAGCCAAUAUUUUGACGGAGAUGAUGUUGAGAUUUACGAGAAUGGCCGAAGCAAAGAAAAAGAGGGCUGUUAUUUGGUUGGAGAUAAUGAGAGAAAUUAGAAACGGACAACAAUUACCUCAAAUCCAGAGCGGAACUUUAGGCUACGAAAAAGUGUUGGAUCACAUACUGGAAAAACCGGAUGUGGACGAAGAAUUUGUUCCACGGAAGCUCUUCCUGUUCGGCGUUGACUACUUCAAUAUCUCCCAAGAGCAUGCGAGUGAGCCAGGUACAAAUAGAGAUCAGAAUCUCAUUGCUGUCAACAAAGAUGAUGAAAGCCUUCAUUGCUUUGCCGAUUCAGCAAUUUCAUCAAUGGACAAAGACACGGCCAAUGACCAGGAAAAGCCGCGCCGCCGGACCCUCAGGGACCGCGUGAAGAAAUUCUUCGGAAUUAAAUAGAAUACAUGCAUUAGUAUUCUACAGAAAAGACUCAUACAUUAUCUUACUGAAGGAACAUUACAAUGUAUUAUUAACUUAAUAUGUUCUUUAAUUUAAACCGUGUUAAAUCUUAAUCAAUCCGACAAAUAAUUUCAUGUAUAAUAUCAACAGUUGUAAUGUAAAAAUGUAUGUGUUUAUAAAUUUUGAUUA